AUGAGCGUCUUGUUUCGCGCGCCGUCUCUUUGCCUCCGUUUUCAAACUUCUUUUGCAGCGGCAUCUCGUCUUUCUUCCUCUCAGUCUGGUUUUUUUUUACAAUUUUUUUUCUUUUCAAAAAUUUGAACUCGUAUAGGCAAAAAGUUCACCAAAAAGCACGAGUGGAUUUCGGUCGAAAAUGGCGUCGGCACAGUGGGAAUCACUGAUUUUGCUGCAGUUUGCUUUAUUUUUUAGACUUCAAGGAUUUUUGUCUCCUAGGAACAAUUAGGAGAUGUCGUUUUUGUCGAAUUGCCCGACGAAGGCACGGAGGUCAGCAAGGGCGAGUCCACUGGUGCUGUAGAAAGUGUCAAGGUAUCCAUUCCAUCUUUUAUUGUUUGAAUAUAGAAAACUUUAACGUCAAAGUUCAACUUGUUUUUUUGAAAAGUCUCCUCAUUGGAGCCUCACGCACUGUCGCUCCAAAAUAUAGCCGAUUCACGGCUUACUUGAAAGGACGUGGCGUGUCUGACCUCUCCACCAACCAGCCACUAUCUCUUUUAUUAUCGUGUCAGGACCCUUUUUUGACGGCUCAAACCAGCCGUGAAUCAGCUAUAUUUGAAUUUUUCCUGACUUUCUAUUAUAGAAAUUAGCCUCAUCUCGUUUUUGUCAGAAAUACUUCAAAAGUUAUUUUUUGCUAAAAUUAUCUGUUUUCACUCAAAGAAUCAGAAAAUAGAAAAUCUCAUUUUGAACGGUGGUAGAAAUUUUUUAAUUUAGCAGACACUCUCUUUUGAAAAAAAUAUCAAAAAGUAUUUUCAAGGCGGCUUCUGAUAUCUACGCCCCUGUCUCGGGAACGGUCACCAAGAAAAACGUUGCCCUAGAAGAGGAACCGGGACAAAUCAACAAAAGCCCAUUCGACAAAGGUUUUUUUCUUGUUUCCUUAACUUUCCUUGCAUUCCGAGUUUAAAGGAUGGAUGUACAAGCUGAAAGUGAAAGACGAGAAGGAGCUGAAGGACUUGUUAGACGCCUCGCAGUACGAAGAGUUCAAGAAGGAAAACCAGGGACACUGA